CGUGUCAAACAGAAGAACUCAAACUCACACCCAAAAGGACAACUCCAGACUUCAACAUGAUGUCCCAGCAGAGCACCCUGAGCAGCCUCUUUGCAGAUGAUCCUUUCUUCAGCCAGGACACACUGUUGUGGCCCCUUCGCACCGGGGCCCUGUCCUCCAUCCAGCAGGACUUCUUCAACAGGAGGGCCAAACUCGCCGACAGUCUCUUCACGGAGCUCCACGAUGGGCCCCACCUGCCUCUCAUGUCCUCAGCUUUUCCGAGACCGAGCAACGGAGACCAACAUCAAGACGUGUCCUGCCCUGAUCUGCACAAAGAGGUCCAGCCGGCCUCGCAGAACAACGGAGACCUCCUGGUGACCCUGGACGCUCGAGGAUACGCCCCCAGUGACAUCACAGUGAAGCUGGAGGGGCGGAGCUUGGCGGUGUCGGCUCUGAAGCAGGCCGGUGCAGAGGAAGCCCAGUCCUGUUCAUCCGCUACGUCACACGCUGCCUUAAAGUCCUCGGCCGCUGCCAGGAUGGGCUUCAUGCAGAGGAUCGAGCUGCCCCCGCACUUGGACCUGGGCGGCCUGUCCUGCUCCCUCAUGGGCAACGGGCAGCUGCGCAUCCACGCCCCCGCCGCCAAACUGCCAAUCACAGACGAGAAGGAGAAGGAGAAAGAGGAGAAGGAGGAGGAAGAGGUCCCGGUUCGGUUCAGAAGCUCACUGGAGUUCCCCAUCAGAAAGGACAAAACCGAGGACCAAACCAACUAAAGUUAUAAUCUAAACUUAAGACGCUUCCACAGACUGUCACAAGUUUACAGCCACUCAACUCUCUUAGCUAUUUAUUUUCUAUGUUUGUAAAUGUGUGAAAUAGUAUUGAUAAU